AGGAAGGAAGGAAGGGAAGGGAGGAAGGAAGGUAGGUAGGUAAAGGCUGCUGUGUUUGCCUGCUGAUUCAGUUUUACAUGUGCAUAGUGUCCCAAGGAAUUUACUCUUCAGUCUGGUUCUCACUGGAGCUGCCCUUGUGCCCCCUUUCUUUGUGAGCAGGCUUCUGGUAUUGCUCUCAAGUAUCUGGCAUGGAGUUGUAAUCUAGCAGUUUAUGUGCCCUGUCACUCCCCUCCCUGCUAUUCUCUUCAGCCUUGUCUGUGUCUUUUCUCAUGGUUCAGUCCCUGAUGAAGUGGGCUCUCAGACAGCCAAGAGUUCAAACCAGAUUGUUUAUAUUUUAAGUUGUUAUCACCAUGGGUGUUUCUCCUUUCAGACAAAACCUCAUAAUUAACAUGCAGACCUUCGAAUUAAGUCAAAUUAUUGGUGUCAGAAAAGAAUUCUUUUUAUUAACAAUGUGUCAAAAUACUGCCUUGGCAUUUCACACCAUGACAGAGUAACAAAGAUUUAAACUAGUGUUUUCUAGAAUGAAUCAGUUGUUGGAGGCAGGGAGCCCCUGAACUUGGAAUUCCUACAUGAAAGAUGUUUACUUUUAAGAGUCCUCCACUGUGUAAGACAAAGAUCGUGUUGAGCCUGUGCAGGAAGCAUGCUGAGUGGCAGAUUUUAGUGGGGCUUUGUCGGUUGAGCGUUCCCAAGAGUAAGUCACCACACAGAUGUAAGAAUUGUCUAGUGUGCUUGGCACCAGACAACCCCUCUCAGUGGCUUAUUUCUGCCUUUCUUUCACAGAUAAUUAAUGGUCUCAACUUGGUUCCUUUGUUUGAAAGCAAGGGAAUAAGACAUGGAAAACAGUUUGGAGUCCUUUGUGACACUAAAGCAAAACAAUAAAAAGGAAUUUGAGGGUGUAGAAGUAAUAACCAUGGGCAGAAAAGAUGCCACCCUCCGGCCUGGGGUGACUUAGAUAUUGGGUGAGAAAGGCUGUUGUUCUAGUGGUAAUUCUUGUCUGAGGCACAGUCAGGGAGUUGAGGGGUGUAUUUAUUUGGUCUGACAGAAGAUAGGAAGACAAGGUCGAGUGUGAAUUGGAGUCCUCUUGUAUUGAAAGGGGCAAGAAGAUACAACAUGACAGUGAGUUUCAGGCAAAGUGGGUUCUUCAAGGAGAGGAGAGGAAUGCCCAGAUCAAGGAAUAGAAAAACUGCCACUGUGAAAGAGCCCACUACUGCCUUAUGCUACGAGGGAAAGGACGAAACCCAUGAACAAGUGGCCAAGGAAGACUGUUAUUUUCACAAGGCCUGACCUAGCUUGCUUUUCUGUUGCUAUGAUAACUACCAUGACCAAGAGCAGCUUCAUGGAGUAAAAAGAUUAUUUUAGCUUAUGGAUUUUAUAGUCCGUAAUUGAAGGAAACCAAAGCAUAAAUGUGUAGGCAGGAACCGAGAGACCAUGGAAGAAUGUUGCUUACUGACUUGGUCCCUAUGGCUUGCUCAGCUUGCUUUCUUGUACACCUCAGGACCACCUGCCUAGGGGUAUCAAUAUCCACAGGGGGCUGGAUCCUCCCACAUCAAACAUUAGUCAAAAAAAAAAAAAAAGCUCCAUAAAUUUGCCUCCAGGUCAAUCUGAUGUGGGCAAUUCCUUAAUUGAUUUUUUUUCCUUGUCUGAUGGCAGUAGCAUGUAUCACCAAAAAGCAAAACCAAAAUAAAAGUAAAACAAAUCAAAGCAACUGACUAGCACAAGGCCCAAUCAUAAACAGGUGUGGUAGGUGUCACCAGAAAAAGGAAUUGCUGAAUGCAGGGGUUGGUAUGGUUCAGUGACACUUAAAAAUAAACAUCUAAAAUAGGUUUUAUGAGAUGCUGGAAUUCCAAGACCACUGAAGUGACUGAGUAUUUUAGGAAUUGUUUUUGAUUAUCAGACAAUUUAGGCACGUUAACUGUUUCCAAGGAGGUAAAAUUAGUUUGUCUCUCUGGCAAAGCUUGCCAUUCUGAUUUAGAAUCUCAAUCUUUAAAUGCCUGCUAGACCCAGCCACUAUAAAUAUGCAGCAGAUGAGCUGCCCAGCCCCUCUGAUAGGAGGAGCUGAGCGUAGAAGAACAGUUUUUUGUCUUUAAGUGGAGGCCCGUAGAAGAAGAGUGAGUGUGAUCCAGUUUUCUCAUGACCCAGCAUCUGCAAGGAUUUUCUCAGGAUGUCACUAAGGAAGAUGAAGGCCCGUGCUCCGCCACCUCCUGGAAAGCCUGCUGCCCAGAAUGUCCACAGCGAACAGAAACUGCCCCAUGAUGCCACCCUGGGAUCCCAGCAAAGCCUGGUCUACAUGAAGGAGGCACUGCAGAACAGCACCUUGGACAUCACCGUGGUUCUGCCCAGUGGACUGGAGAAGCAGAGUGUGGUUAGUGGGAGCCACGCAAUGAUGGACCUACUGGUUGAACUCUGCCUUCAGAACCACCUGAAUCCUUCUCACCACGUCCUAGAGAUCUGGUCUUCUGAGACCCAACAGCCUUUGAGUUUUAAGCCAAAUACGUUGAUUGGGUCCUUGAAUGUGCAUACUGUACUUCUGAAAGAAAAAGUCCCUGAAGAAAGAGUUAAACCUGGCCUAACCAAGGCUCCUGAGAAAUCUGUACGACUGGUAGUGAACUACCUGAGAACGCAGAAGGCUGUCGUGCGGGUGAGCCCUGAGGUGCCACUACAGAAUAUUCUGCCAGUCAUCUGUGCGAAGUGUGAGGUCAACCCAGAACACGUGAUUCUGCUCAGAGACAAUGUUGCCGGGGAGGAGCUGGAGCUGUCCAAGUCCCUGAAUGAACUAGGGAUCAAGGAGCUGUAUGCGUGGGACAACAGAAGAGUUCUUCUGACCAAAACGCAGUCUGAGCCUUCCCUGAGCUGUCAAGAAAUGUUUAGAAAAUCAUCACUUGGCAAUGAUGAGACAGACAAAGAGAAGAAAAAGUUUCUGGGAUUUUUCAAAGCUAAUAAAAGGAGCAACAGUAAGGCUGAGCAUCUUGGGCUGUCAGGUGCAGAUAGUGAUGAGGACCCGGCGAAGUCAGCAUCUGGAGGGGACUUGAACGGCUGCGUAACAACACCCAACUCACCAUCCUUGCAUUCUCGGUCCCUAACACUGGGUCCCUCCCUCUCCCUGGGCAACAUCUCUGGAGUGUCUAUGAAGUCAGACAUGAAGAAGCGCAGAGCCCCUCCUCCUCCAAGUCCCAAGCUGCUGGGUCAAGACAAGGUAUCAGAAAAGGCCUCCCUCAGCUCACAGGCUGAUCUCCAGAAGAAGAAGAGGCGGGCGCCAGCUCCUCCUCCACCACAGCAGCCACCACCAAGUCCUGUGGUCCCCAACCGCAAGGAAGAUAAGGAAGAGAACAGGAAGAGCACAGUGGGUGUUGGACGUCAGGUGCCACAAAAGCCUCCCAGAGGCACAGCUCGGGGCCCACCCCAGUUAGUGCUCCCCCCGCCCCCACCCUACCCUCCUCCUGACACAGAUGUGACAGAGCCUGUCACCUUUCCUGGGGAAGGCGCUGGUUCCGAGACCUCAGAGCUGAGACCCAAACUGAGUCUGCCUCUGGGGCCUGGCAGCCACUGCAGCAUGGGUGGAGUCUCUCAGGUGCCAGCGGAGAGUGAGGAGACAGCAUCUGAGGACACAACCGAGGACUCGGGGGUCAUGAGCUCUCCCUCAGAUGCCAUCUCCCUGGACUCACAACAAGACAGCAUGAGAUCCAAGGACAAAUGGUCCACAGACCAGGAAGACGGCAGUGACCAGGACCUGGCUGGAACUCCAGAACUGGGUCCCCAAAAGAGCCCAUCAUGGGGGAAAAGUGGUUCAGGAAGCUCAAUUCUAAGGACUGAGAAAGCCACCAUGCCUACCAAUGAUGAUGAAGACCUAUUCAUCACUGGCCACUUACAUCAGACCCUGGCAGAACUUGAUGAAGACCUGGAAGGAAUGGAAGAAAAUUAUGAAACAGAUACUAGCUCUCUAACCAACUCUGUCAAUGGUGUAUCCAACCACAGUCUGCAAGAAGCCAUAAUCCCUGAUAGUGGCGUGGAUGACAUCCCAGUCACUUUUAUCGGGGAAGUUUCUGAUGAGCCUUUUGACUCAGGGCUGUUCUCCAGUAGAUGUAACAAUGCCACUACUUUUAACACGGGGAGCAUUGCUAGCCAAAGAUCUCAUCUGUCCCCAUCUCAGACUGAGCAUAGCCAGCCAUUCGUAAGGACAAGUAGAAAAGAGCCUGAUCCCUCCCCUCCUUCCCAAGAUAACAGGAAGAGAAAUCAGCCAACCUUAGCCAACACAUCUGAAAAUGAGAAUCCAGUUGAAACAGACCCCACAGUUACAUCACUUGUUUCAAAGCUUUUAAUAGAUGACCCAAAAGCAAAGGAUAAAGGCAAAGUGCAUGGUUCUAGUCACAGUGAGAAGACACAGGCAGGUCAUGGAAUAAACUCACUGCGAGUGAAUCCAAGAGAUGGUAAGGAUGAGAGCUCCAAUUCAGCACCCCCACCAUGGUCUCAUCAUGGCCAGGCCUUAGGGGGAAGCUAUGGACUCAAGUAUGGCCUCACGACAUAUAAAAUUGUUCCUCCCAAAUCAGAGAUGAGGUGUUAUGACAGGGAUGUGUCCCUCUCCACUGGUGCCAUUAAGAUUGAUGAACUAGGGAAUCUGGUGAGUCCUCACAUGAACGGAAGCAGGACCAUAUCCCCACCAUCAGCUGUUGUCGAAACAGACACUCCACCUAUUGGAAAAGUCAAAGAGUUCUGGAGGCGCAACUCAAUGGAAAAGUACCUUAAUGGGCCGGCUGAGUGCACUAUCAAAAGGGCCCCCUCCACCACUAUCACUGCCACACCAGAAAAACCACAGCAAGAUAAUGGGAUGAAGGCAGCCUUCACAGUGACCACUCCCCAGCAGCAGCCUGCCUCACAGGAAUAUGGGGCACACCUGGAGGAAGAGAGAAGCCGGCCACAGUCAGCAGUCUCUUGUUCUGUGAAAGUGCCAGCAUCUAAUCCCACAGACAUCACAUUCCUCAAGCCUCAAAGAAGAACAUCCAGCCAGUAUGUGGCCUCUGCUAUUGCCAAGAAGAUGGGGCCUCCAAAAGUCCAUGCUGAUGUGGUGAGACCACAUAAGGCAACCACUGAACAGUGUCAUGAAGAAGCAAAGCUGGCUAGAUCUCCUCCCACCAGGAAAGAUGAUGCAGCUCCCAACCUACACUCAGAGGCAAGGCAGCAUGAACAUGGGACAAACCAGAGCUCUGUCUGCCUUCCCAGCAACCCUGGUGUGCAAUUGCCAGCAGGAGGCCAUCCCAAAGUAGAGGUCAACAGCACAUAUGGGAAGUCAUCGACUCAAGACUAUCCUGCUGCUGUCCACAGAAACUCCUAUUUCCUCCCAGGCAGAUCUUCCCAUAGGGAUCGUGUUUCUGUGGGACAGAGCUGUGGUUUCAAUGAAAAGCAAACUACAAGUAACCAAAAGGCAAAUUCAACAUCUAACUUCUCGCAGGCACUGGACAAGGCGCAUCCACCCCCUCUGCUCUUGGCAGAGGCCCGUGACUCUGGGAGGAUACUGAUGAAUGGCUCUGCACGAACCCCAGGAAAUUGUGAGCCCCCCCACUCUCCAAAAGAAUCCACCCUGACUAGCUAUAUUAUCUUACAGACAGAGGAAAAGCCCAGUUCGUUAUCUACAGAUGGUCAAGACGCAGAUGAUACUCUACCGUCCAGCAUUUUUGGGCCAAAGAAAAAGUUCAAGCCUGUCAUUCAAAGGCCACUCCCAAAAGAUGUAUCCCUGCACAGUGCCCUGAUGGAAGCUAUCCACUCAUCAGGAGGGAGAGAAAAGCUCCGGAAGGUGAAUGUGACUGCAGAACAGACGUCAGAAGGAAGGCCAAAGAAACCAUCCUACGUGGAGGCAGAGAGUGAGCGAUCUGCCCUUCUGGCAGCCAUUCGGGGUCACAGUGGGACUCUCAGCCUCAGGAAGGUGUCAUCCCUUGCCUCUGAGGAGCUCCAGAGCUUCCGCAAUGCUGCACUCGGGGCUCCAGGUUUGGAUAAACCUCAGCAAGAAGACCUUGGCCUUCCACCCCCACCUGCCCUGCCACCACCACCCGCUCCAGCCCCCCAGGCUCCUUCAGCCUCCGUAACAGUUUCUAGGUUCAGCACCGGCACCCCCAGCAACUCAGUGAAUGCUAGACAAGCCUUGAUGGAUGCCAUCCGCUCGGGCACAGGAGCUGCAAGACUAAGAAAGGUUCCCUUGCUCGUGUGAAGUCCUACCACUGAAGAGACCACCUGUACAGCUCCAAGUAUCAUCACUUUAGAAAUCCACAUGACAGGAAAUGAAACCUUCAAGAAGUGGCGGUACUUUCCUGUCUCCAGGCCAACUUGCCCACGGUGGAUUUUCAGUGUUCCUACAUAAUGGUCAAAGAGGAGAUACUGCUUUGCUGUGUGACUUGUGUGCCAAGGACAUAUGAUCUGCCUCUGAAUGCUCACAGUUGCCAAUAAACUGCUCUUGUUGGCAGAGUAAUGGGAAUACACAGGCUGGAGCCCAGCACUCACACUUGAUUUUAGCUAUGGGCACAAGGAAUUAUGCCCUAAGUUGAUUUUUGGAUCUUUGAGACUUUGACCACAUACACAUGGUUAAAAUCACUUAUGAUCCUUUGAAUUCUAGGUGUACAAAAACAUAAAUCAACAGAAAUAGUCAGAAUCUAUUACAUGCUCCAGGAUGCUGCUUCUGGAGUAAGAAGCACCAUGGAGGAAGGCUGCUGAGAUGACUUUUGCAGGAUAAGAAAGCGUCAGAUUCGUAUUUGUAUUCCUCACACAGUGAAGCCUCACACCUCACAGAUGAUCUUGGACUGUGAUCUGACCAACUAGCUUUUAAAAUUCCACUGUUGCUGCCCAGAAUAGCAGCCCUACUUGACCCUCUGAGCAAGACAUUCCUGGCUCCUUAGAAGAUGAUGGGAAGCAGAGAUGAGAACACUGGAAGGGUUGUCCGUUUUCUGUAUAGAUGUGUCCCACUUGUAUAGUUUCCCCCCUCCCCCAUCCCCAGUGUCCCAGAAGGCUAUGACAUGCAUCAGGUUACUGUGAAGGAGCCUUGCAUGGAGCCUGAGAUUUCACCAGUAGCCUUCUGAAAUCCUGCACAGGGCCAGAGAGCAGAGUGUUGAGGACCUAUAUGUAGCAGAGGGCAGUCCACAUUGUGCUGCACAUUCUGUGGCUUACAUUUUAUCCUGACACACUUUGGCAUGGUCCAGCAGCUGCCCUGGUAUUAUAUGACAUUCUUAUAGUACAUUGUGGGUAGACACCAUCUUUAAAGAAUUUAAACUCAGCAGGAAGUUUUGUGAUUUUUUUUAAUGUAUCUCUAAAACCUUUUCUUAUAUGGAGAAAAUCAAGACAGCAAUAUAAGUCAAAAUGAGUUCAUGAUAUAAAAUCUCUGCCUUACUGAAAAAAAAAUGAAAUCCUUUUACUAUUUCCCCCUGUUUUAAAUCUAGGCAUCGGGUAGAGUGGGAACUUGGUAUUGUGUGAUUAACAUUGCUAAACUUUCUCAGUGAGGCAAGAGCUACCAGCCAAUUGCUCUUAGUCACAGCUGUCUGCUCUUUCUCUUAGUGCCACAAAUAAAUGCAAAUCCAAUGCUGUAA